AUGUACAAAUGCGUCAAUGUAGAUAGCCUGAACGAUGAAUUUAUAACCAAAAAAGAUUCACUCAACAACUUAAACGUAAAGGAGAGAAGCAGUGGCAGGACAGGUAAAAGCUAUUACGGCAAAAAUGAUGCAGACCAUAUGAUGCAAAAUGCGGAAAAAAAUUACCUAGACCGUUUCGAUACACCAAAUGGAAAUCUCAACAAGAAUUAUCUCUACUGUGGUGAUAAUUUAAUGGAUGAAGAUAGCAGCAAAAAUAGCGACUUGCAUAGCAAAACGUUAGAGGAACAUUUGAAAAGCUACAGUUACCACCAUGUGGACCCAGAGUACAUACUUAGUAAUAAAUAUGGAAGCUCACAAGUGAGGGUGGACGGAAGCCAUCUGAUUAGUCUUAGCGAUCAAAGGAACAUUAUUCUGUCCAAAGAGCGCAUUCACAACAGGUACUUCAGCAAAAGUUACGACAACAGAAGUGACGGCAACAGAAGUGAUGGCCACAGAAGUGAUGGCCACAAAAGUGACGGCCACAAAAGUGACGGCCACAAAAGUGACGGCAACAAAAAUAACGACCAAAUCGUCAACAUGAUAAGCAAUCAUUAUAAUAAUUUAAUCCAAACGACCAACAAGGGAAUAGAAAAUAUAAACAGCAACUGCGAUGCCAUCAUUUCGAAGCAUAACUACGACAGCAUGUCCGAUGUUAGCAGCACCAUUUUGAUGAACAAAAACGACAUUACACAGAAUAACGAUUACGCGGAUUAUAACUACAACAGCUAUUUUAAUUAUAGAAACGAUCAUACCUCUGCACACCACUACAACGGCAGUGCCAAUAAUGGCGGCCAAAAUAAUGGCAGCAGCAGUGGUCGCAUUAAUGGAAGCAGCACCGGUCGCAUCCACGGAAGCAGCGCAGGGCAUAAUAAACGACACAGCAACGGCUGCAGUAGCCGCAGCUUGCGAAGCAGGAAUGGAAACUAUGAGGCGGAAAAAAGGGAGUGCUUCCCCUAUGCACAUGAAAGCUCGCUGAACGAAAAUUUAAUACACGACAACUGUGACUACGCCAAAGUGGGGAAAGCCGAGCUGGUCAUGCGAGACAAUGAGAUGAAUUCGCUAUCCGUGUACAAUGACGAAGACGCACAGAAUAGAAUUCUUCAAGAAAUGGAUGAGCAAACAAAGCAAGGCGACUUGCACUUCUCAAAUAGACUCCAGAGCAUCGAAAGGGAAAACACGAACAACCGAAUUAAGAUCUACGACAUGUUUAACAAUCUUAAUAUUAAAAAGAGUAACAACACAAAUAUGGGCAUUUUGAAUUUUUUGAAAAAUAAGAGGAAGAACAAAUACGCCUAUGAUAGCAAGGGUAUUCGAAAUGACGCUGCGGAGAAUAAGGCCCCCAGCAAGGAGAGUCAUAGUAGCGGCGUGGCCAGCAAAGCGGGGGGAACUACUGUGAAUGACCACGCCGCGAAUGACCAUAAUGCGGGGAGCGCCAACCCGAGCGGUCAUAACAUCGCUGAGGGAAGCCACAGCAGUUACAGAUUCAACGCCAACAUGAGAAACGUAGAAUGCAACGACCCGUAUAAUAGCUCCCCCGUGUUAAAAGGGCACACGUACAACGAAGAGGAAGCAAAAAACAAACCAGCGACACCCCACCACAUUCUAAUCGAUCAGAAGUAUAUAGAAGAAAACGAGGAGAAACUAUCCAAAGCCGAAUUAGCAAAUAAGUCUAAUAUUAGCUCAUUUGAAACAUUGAAACUGUUAGAGAAGGACAACAAUGGUGAUGUCACUAACUUUUACAGAAGUGCACUGAACGAGUUUUUAAAUAAAAAGGACAGCCGCUCAGAUGAAUGUAGCAAUAAAGCCGAUUCCGCAAAAAUGAAGCAGAACAACCCCUUCAGUGUCUAUCAUUAUGUGAAAAAGGAGCGAGCCGAGAAUGCGGCUCCGCUUCCCAACGGCAAGGAAAAGUGUAGCAGUCAUAAAAGCGGUAGUACUGCUAGUAAGGGCAACGAAAAAUGCAACAUAAACGGGGGAAGUAGUAAGAGCAACCAAAAUCGGAACAAUGUGGAAAGAAAUUGCAAUGCAAUUCAUAGCCAACGCGUUGACAACCAUAACUCUGGUAAUGAGCUUCCCCCCCGUGGUGAGAAAACCAACAAGAAAGGUCCAACCCAAAGGGACGCAGCAACAAAUAGUAAUGAUAACUAUAGUGUAGGAAAAAACGGCCUAUAUAUAUUCAAAACGGGAUCGGAAGUACCCAGCAGCAGUUUUAACCAUUAUUCGAAGAAAGGCACUAAAAAAGACCCAUUUGACAGAGAACACAAAAUGGAUGUGAAGAGGAACAAGCCAGACAAGGAUCAGCAUUACUUCAAAGAGGGACUUGAAACCGAUGGGGAAUUUCCUUUUAACGCGAAAUGGAAUGAAAACGAUACGUUCUACCUACAUGAGGAAAACAAAAAAAAUGAAAAAAUAAAAACCAAUGAAGAGUUAUCAAGUAAAUAUAUUUCUUCAUAUUCCGAGUCGUCCCUCCCGAGCUCCAUGCAGUCCUUUGUGGAGCCCAAAAAUAGGGUAGCCCAAAAAAGCCGCAACUCAAAAAAUGCACUUACGAAAGAAGUAAAAAAUAGGAGCGAAAAAAAGUGUAAUGCAAAAAGAAAAAUGAACCUGAAGGGGAAACAAGAAAAUGGACAGUUCCAUCGAAGUAGCAGUAACUCACUAAUUGAUGACAUAAGUUGCAUUUAUGAAGACGCCAAGCAGUUCAAUUUUAUCGAUGGAAUUGACGGAAAUCGUGUGAGCCGAAACGAUGCCUGUAGGCACAAUGUUAACCACUCCGCUAACUGUAACAAUGCUAAUAAAAGUAACAAAGGGGUUGGCACCGAUGCGAGAAUCCCCGGACAUGUACACAGUUGUGACGAAGCGAAAGCGCCUCUGCAACAAAAUAAGUGCAAACACGAAUGCAGAAACGCACCCACGGUGUAUGUCAAGAAGAAGAAAAAAAAAAAAAAAAAAAAACAUAAUGGGAGUGAUCGCUACACCGAAAGUGGCAGUGACAGGGGUGCAGCCAGCAGUCGUGAUGAAGAUGGAGGGAACAAUGAUUGCAAAAAGAGCCUCAAAGGUGAGGACAGUUCUGUGAAAAACAAGCACAGACGAAGCAGCUCACCCAAUGUUAACCAUUCGGAUCCUAGAAACGGCGUCGAAAGGGGUAGUAAAAAAUAUCCAGGCGAACAUAACGCUUUAAAAGAAUUAAGUGCCGACAAGGGGGGCGAUCAUUAUGGUGACCGUGAAAGGGGAAGUGCGCGUGACGACGCGCAUGACCCUCUCGUCGCCAGCAAAGCCGCUCAUUCUAUGAACCCCUUUAGGCACGACGUAGCUACUAACCAGAACGAAGCCGACAGUGGCGCUAACAAAGGCGACAGAGGUAGUAACAAAGGAGACAGUAGUGACGACGAAGACGACGGUUAUAAUAAUCGGGACAGUGGUGAUAGGCGAGGCAAAGCCAAUGGCAGGGGGAGAGCAAAAAAUGGAAACGCUAACACUUUGGAAAAAUCGCAAAUAGCGCAGGAAUAUAACGAAAACUCUGUUGCAAUGAAAAAAGAGAAAAAAAAAAAGAAGAAAGAGGAUCCGUUAAAGACCAAACAAACAAUGGCACAAGAUGAAGAUAAUGCACAUGGUGAUGACACGAACGUGGUGGUCAAGUGCAAAAUGAAGAAGAAAUCGAGUCACAUUAUUUCGGAUUAUGAGCAACGUGCCUGUUCUGUGAGGGAAAAUGUACCAGGCAGCAAGACACAUUCUGUUGUCGCUUGCAAAAAGGAGCAUCAAACGAAGGAGAACACUAGUAAGAAAUCUGCCCGAAAAAAGGGCGCCAACCAAAGUAGCAGUAGCUUUAACUCGUCCAGCAGUGAAAACCACGAGAAGGACGAAAUCGAAUGUGACAGUAAAACUGUUCCAAGGAAGUCUGCUCGCUUGAAAGAGAGCAAUGUGAAGAAGACGCAUAGAACCCCCCUGCACAGUAACACCGCUAGCAUUAGGAAUAGCAGGGGGACCAACACAGGCAAUGGUUAUAAUAGCCAAAGCCCAAGUAGCAACCGGCGCAGCGGUAUGAGUGAUAUAAGCAGCAGUGGUGACGACUCGGAUGAGGGCGAAAGCCAAAGCGUUAAGGCGAAAACGGGAAAGAACAAAAACAGUCAUUUUUCUAGUAGCGGAAAAAUGGAAUUAAAAUUUUGUAGCGACCAAGAAGCGAACCAAAGGUGCAGACGCGAAAGGGAAGCCUCUGGUAACGGAACGGAGAACCGAGACUCCGACGAAGACUCCAACGCUGCAGAACAAAACCGCGCAGUCAGUAAAGUCGAAAGGGACAGUCACCUCACCAACAGUGUGGCGAAAAAAAAAAGGCAGGGCAAUUUGGCGAAAAGUAAAAACGACAAGCGAGAGGAUCUCUCAACAGGAGAGGACAACACCGAUUGUGGCAAUUUAAAGGAAAAGAGAAAAAAGACGAAGAGGUGUCCCUCCACCGGUUGCAGUAACAACCCUACGGAUGGAGAUACCAAAUUGGUCUAUAACCCAAAUGGCAAUCUAACUGCACAGUGUGAUGGACGCAGGGCUGUAAAAAAGGGAGGCACCCCUGAUGGGGAUGAACAAAUCUGCGCAAAUAUGCAUCACGAAAGUGAGCACUUCUACAGCAACGCAAACGAUGUCGCGAUGAACGGAAUGAGAGGAGAAAACAUGUGCACGAGAGACACCCACAUAGAGGGUGCCCACAUGAAUGACCCACGCAUGAGCUAUUGGGACAUUUCCAUCGCAAACUAUAAAACACACUCGUCGAAAAACAGCAUGGGUAGCAUUGACAACCCUGCUAGUGUAGGCUCCCUAAGCAAAAAAAAAAAGGACAUACAGUUAGUGACCCAAAGUGAGGAAAACUUCGGAGAUGUCCCCCAAGAAAGGUACUGCACCAUGCGAUGUGCACCUGCACCCUUGGGGGGAGGUAACUUAAACCAUAUGGACGCACAUUUGAAGAACAUCCCUUCGGGAAAUAACGCAAAAAGGAACGCAAAAAGUAACGCUGCAAAUCUGAUAAACGGAAAUGAAUUUGCACAUCAGAGGGUUGAUUGCCAAAAUGAGGAGUUCAAAAAUUUAAUCAUGACGGGGGACGCGGCUAGUUGUGGUGAGAAAGUACCCCCAAUGGAGGAUCAACGGAUGGGGAGACACUUAGUGAGAGAGAGCUUUAAACAGAAGGCCCCUCUCUUUUACGAAAAGGAUGGUAAGUUGGACGAUAUUUUUACGCAUAGCAAUAAAGAAGAACUGUUGCGUAACUCAAAACGAAUGCUAAAUAGGACCUUCUCAAAUGGGGAUCCACCCAGUGGACACAUCCCCCACAAGGAGCACAGAACGAAAGAAGUACCUUCUAUGGAUAACCCAUUUAAACGGACAGAAUACAUAAAGCAUGGUAUAAAAACAGAAGAUUAUCCUAACAGAAGUAGCAACAUGUCAAAUGAGGACAUCCCCUAUAACGGCAUCUAUGAGAAAGAGGCCGGCAUUUUUUUAAAAGACAGUGUAAGCAGCCAGUGGAGUAGAAAACCUGAUACUUUGUUAACUGCGCAGAGGAGGAAAAGGAACGAUGAAGGGGUGAACGUAAGCCUAAACACCAAUGCAGGUGUGAAUAUGAAUUACAUACAUGAAGAUCCGCGUGCGUACCAAAGUAAAAAUGCAUACAUACGUGAGGAGCAAAUCUUUCCAGGGAAGUUCACCCAAGGGAAAAACUAUAACGGCGCACUUUGUAAGAAUCGCUUUAACGAUGACAGGAGGGACGAAUUAUUGCAUGAAAAGGGAAAGAGCGAUUUGUUCUCCUCGAGAGGUCAAGAAGUGGACCACAUCUACAAAAGGGAUAGCAUUUCCAAUGCGCAGUUUAUGAGUAGGGGGGCACCUGCACACGUGGCAAAAUCGGUGCAAAGUACGCAUCAUGUGUUUGUAAAUAACGCAACACAGGAGCAACCCCAACGAAUGGGAGACCCCGGUGGCAUCAUUUACAACCCAGUGGAGGCAGACACUAAUGUAAAUAGUUACACCCCUCAUCUAAAUUUCUUCCAAAAAGAAGCGAAAGCCGCGCAAAGGGGCAUCGAGAAAAAUCCCUUCUUCCUACACUCACACAUAAAAAGCACAAACAUGGAUGGGGGAAUCAAUUUUUACAAAACGGAGGAGAAAGAUACCAUGGGUGUCACCCCCCCUAUGGACAGAACAAGCCAAAAGAAAGAAUACGACGCAAGUAGGAUGAACCUUUUCAAUAAAGCUCUGCACAUCAAUGUUAACGGGGAGCAGUCAGAUUGGUUUGCCCGUAAAACCGAUUUGGAACAAAAUGCAGGUGAAAGCAAACGGACGAACAACAUGGAGGGGGGAAUAGGCGCAAAGGGGACUUAUCACUGGGGGGAUCCUAAUGAUGAACGCAGCCUAGGGUACAUGCACAGGGGAGGCGCUGCCCCCUUCCCAGACAUCUACCCAGGAAGCGGUGGGCGAUACGGAAGCGGCGUAAACGGUGUGGACGCACAAAAUGGGAACGGUUUGUUCCCACGCCAUGGGAGAGACACUACCAUUCACGGCAUUAGAAAAAAUAACGACAGUAACAGCGGUAACCGCGGUAAUCGCGGCGGUGACAACGGUGGACCUUUUGAUCGGGGGACUAACAUCCACGUGGGGAGUGCACCCAGUGACGCAGAUAAAAGAGCGGCCCAUGCGAACAGCCAAGUUGCGUAUUCCGAAUUGGAGAGCGCAAUCAUCCUAAAUGAAGUGCUACGAAAGGAUAGCGAAAGUUGGAACAAACCCUACAGUGGCACGAAUAAAAUACCGACACUUCGCUUUACCAACAAUUUCUCUAUCGACUUUGCAAACAUUCUGAAAAACUACAAAGACAAAUCGGAUAAUUAUCUUAAUAAGCAGUACAUACAGGACUUGGAGAGAAUUAAUUUUUUAAUUCAAAAUUUUACAAACAGCUACAGAUGUAGCGAUAAUUUAAAAUCUAUUUUUCAACUGCUUCAGUACGAAAUUGAAAAGGAGAAAAGAGAGAAUCAGUAUUUUUGUCAAGACCAGAAAUAUUUAGUUCUUACCAUGCCUCUAAAUGAUAUUAAAAAAAAUUAUGACCAUUUUGGGGAACCCAUUUUAAAAGAACCCAUCUGCGAAUAUAAGCUGGAUACAUGCCUUUUGGAAAAUUUAGAAAAUCAAUCUAAGGGUGAGUCCUGCAGUUGGGGAAGGGACCACCUAAAGGGGGACCCAACGAAGGCAUGCAAUUUGGUCAAGAAUUGUAGCAGGGGGGAUGGCCCGAACUAUGACGGCAGCGAAUAUGGCGCUAAUGACAAGUGCGUGCAGAAGUGCACUACAGGAAAUUGCAGAGGGUUAUGCAUGAGGGCGCCAAGCUGGGCUUCUUCCCCGAACAGCACCACGGACGUGGCAACGGCGUCGGCAUCGGCGGUGGUACGCGCGUACAGCAACAGCAGCGGCUGCGGAAAGCUGGUCAGGGCCAACCGCUGCGCCGGUAACCUGCCCAAGACGGACAAGCCGGGCAAGCACUGUAUUAGCAAAAAAAGGUGCGGCGGCACCUUGAACGAAAGCAUCUUAUCAAAAAUGAACACAUUCAUAAUAAGGCACAAUAACCGCGUGUACAAAUUAAAGCUAAAUGGCAAUUUCCCCUUAAGAGGCAACCAAUUGAGUACCAAAAAAAAUGGAAAACUUUUUAAAUUGCUUUCUUCAUUUUAUAAGCCAUUUUUCAAAGAAGAAUACAACAAAAGAAAUGUUCUGCUUAAUGAAGACCUGCCCCUAAGUUAUGUACACAAUGUGAACCCCAGCAGGGAUAGCCUUUCGCAAGACCAAACAGAUAAUAAUGGGAUUGUCAAAUCGUCUCACACCCAUAAUGAUGACAACUUUUAUAAUAUUAUUCAGAGCAGUGGACUUACUAAUAUAGACGACCUUUUCAUUUCGGACGACGAGGUGAAUCUUAUUUACAUGUAUAACAACCAUCGCAAUGAGAAGGUUUAUAGUUUAGAAAAAUUGGACGUGUUGAAAAAUCAAAACUCUACGUUGUCCUCUCUGAAUGAUUCAGCGAACACGGGGCAGGAGAAUUACUCCUGUAAAAAAUGA